AUGGACCCUCAAGAACUGUCUUACAAAUCUCUCUUAAAAAAACUCGUAAUCCUAACAUAGAAAGGAGAAAUAAAAUGGUGGCGUUUACAGAAAUUGACUCAGAGGUCAUUCCCUAUGGGCAGGUAUGAUCCAUCCUGAUGAAGCUGAAAAUAGUGCCUCUGCCACUUUUGAAGUAGGCCUUUGGGUUUGGGGAAUCUAUAACGAAGUUUGUUUUUCCUUUGAGGGUUUCCUGUCCCUAGACAAAUUUUAUCUAACAAAUGAUCUUUCUCACUAUGAUUCAGAAGGUGGCCCUGCUCUAGGGAGCUUGCUACUUGGACACUUUAUUUGAAACUCCAAGGUAUAUGAAGACUGGCUUUUUAAAGCCGAAAGAAUCCAACGCUAGUGAUUAUCGCUUAUGGCUAGUUUUUUUACUUUUAACUUAACAUAGAAACGUAAAGGCGGUCUCAAACAAAUAAGUUGUGAGUUUUGUCUCAAAGAUAUAACCCUCUGCACCUAUAUUCAAUGUGCUGAAUGCCAAAAUUUUUUCAUUUGCUUGCAAUGCUACAUCUCUGGUCAAGAAAAAUCAGAACACUCUCGGCUUCACAAAUACCACGUUGUUGACCCACUGAAAUUUCCUCUUUUUAUGCUCAAUUGGACUGCAAAGGAAGAACUUUUGCUGCUUGAAGGCUUAUUAAAGUUUGGAUAUGGGAAUUGGGGUUCGAUAUCUGAAUUUAUAAGCUCGUCAAAGAACAGCUGGGAAUGUGAAAAGCAUUAUAAACAAAUUUAUCUAGGAAAAACCAAAGAGGCCUUAUUACAGCUAAAUAUUCUGAGCCAUCGAGAUGAAAAUGAGCAUUUAGUGUCAGCUGAGGUCGAUAACUCAGAAAAUUUUAUGGAUAUCGCGCCAGACGUGUUUCCAAAUCCUGAGCCUAGAGUUGAAAUAGAAAAGCACCCUCUUACAGAAUUUGCAGGAUACAUGCCCUUGAGACGCGAUUUUGAAAUAGAAUAUGAAAAUGACAUCGAAAUGUAUUUAGCGGACUUAGAAUUUUAUGACGAUGACACUUACUUACUUACUUAUUUACUUACUUACUUACUUACUUACUUACAUAGUCUUUAAGGUGUCUAAUGCCCACACCCCUUAAUAAAAAAGGUCAAAGCGACAACUAAUGACGUCACCAAGCCAUCUUGGAAUAUGUGAUCAGCCCACACCCAAGCCUUCUAUAAGGCUAGUCGCCAGAUAAAUCGCCGCACAUCUCACCCGGCGCGUUGCCGUCGCUCGCUCCGACUCAGCUCCUGCGCGUGUUCCGCCUAAGGGUCAUCCUCCCGUGGGGACGUGCUGAGAGGUAAAACUCCGAGUGUCUUGAAUGCACUGAGGAGCCGUGCCUUUGGUUAUCCCCAAAAGUUAAACGGCUGUUGCUGUGCAGAAGUUCUCAAAAAAAAACCCAACCCCAUAAAUAAAAUUCCAUGAGGGAGAGAAAAUUGGCAGAGCCAAUUUCUCUCGAACCGAAUGCCAUUUUAUUUAUUAUGACGAUGACACACAAGAAGACACCAAUAUAAAGCUUAGACAGUUAGAAGUCUAUAAUAAAGUCCUCGAAGAGAGAGAAGAAAGAAAAAAAUUUGUAAUUGAGAGAUGGCUGGUCAAGCAUAGGUAGCAACCCUACACCCCUACCCCUCCAAUAAGGGAACCCCCACCCCCCCUAAAAAUGACACCCCCCACCCCCCCUUCACAGAUGGCACCCCCACCCCCUCCCUCAAAAGAAUAUUUUAAAUAUAAUCCAAUUAAAGCGCUAUAUUGAUAAAUGAAGUCUAUAAAUUGCUUUAAUAAUUGCGAUUAAAUAAUAAAUUUAUUUAAAUAAGAUGAUCUUUAUAAUCUCUUCUUUAAACAAGAACAAGAUAUAACUAAAUUUUUGAUUUUAGUUAAGAAGAAACAUUUAACUUAUAUCAAAACCUUUUAGAUAAAAAUUAUUAUAAUUUUUUAUUAUAAAAUUAAAUUUUGUUUCAAUUUAAAGGGGGUUAAUUUACCAAAAAAGUGGAAAUUUUACCUAUAUUUUGUUCCAAUUUAAAGAGGGGGGGAGUAAGAGCAUUUCCUUUAUUAUAAUAAUAAUAAUAAUAAUCUCCACAGUUUGGAUUUUUUAAUUGCAUCGUUACAAUGUUUUAGUGUUUUUUCAUAACUCUUUUCUUUAUAGAAGAUAACUCCUAUGCUAUUGUAUGCAUCAGCAUAAUUUGGAUCAACUCUGAUAGCUUAUUUAUAGCAUUCCAUAUCUUAUUCUCUACUGCCUAACUUAUAUAGAGCAUCUCUUUCAUUUGAAAAGCAAUGUGCUAAAUAAAAAUAGUAUUUGCUAUUGUCAGUUUUACUUUUAGAUCUCUAAAUGGACUCUUUAGCCAUUGUUCCACAAAGUUCAUAAAUAUAUACAGGAUAUACUGCUAAUUAAUACCAAAGAUCAUUAUGCUUGUCAGCAAAUUUCUUCAGAUGUGGGGUCUUAGUAGUUAUAGGAAAUUUUUCACCACUCCUUAAUCGAUUGCGCUACGCUAUAUAAUAUUGUAUAAAUCAGUAAUUUUUAAUAUCUAAAAUAAUAAUUUAUUUAUUACGCCUGCUCUAAAUUAGCAUUUGUGAUAUAUCUAUACUAUAUUAGGGGGGUGGGGGUGCCAUCUGUGAAAGGGGGGGUGGGGGUGCCACUAAAAGGGGGGGUGGGGGUACCAUUAAAAAAGGGGGGUGGGGGGGUGGGGGGGUGGGGGUACCACUUUUAGGGGGGGUGGGGGUGUAGGGUUGCUACCUGUGCUUGACCAGAUGGCCACAAGAAUUACGAAACGAAAAAAAUUUCAGUAGAAAUAUCAUUGAAAAAACAAUUUAUCAAGCUAUGAAACCUUACGCAAGGCUACUGACGCCUGAAAAGCACUUCCAACUGUGCACAGGACUUGUAAAAGAAUAUACGCUUAGGCUGAAGCUGGAAGAAUUAAGAGAAGCUAAAAGCCAAGGAAUAAAAACAGAAGAAGAAUUUAGAAAAUUUAUAAAUGAUAAGAAAGCAAACAAAAGCAAAGAGUUUGAUGUAGUUUUCAAAGAUUUUAAGCCUCAGCAAAGAUCACAAGAAAGCCCAAGGAAGACGGAAAAUAAAGAAGAAGCCCAAAAAAGUAACCACAACUCUUCUGACAAUAUGGAAAUAGAGGAACAAGAAAAGCCUGAAGAACAAAAUCCUGAGGAUGCUAGCAUUGAUUUCUUGAAAUCUGACGAUAGAUAA